AGCUGUUGUAUUAAAAAGAUACUACAGCUUCUUUUGCUUGACAGUAUUAUUUUAUGUAAUUUUUGGAAGAUAACAAGUUUGGGUAUAUCUAAAUAAAUAUAUUUAAACACUGUCCAUAACAAUGGACGUACCUGCUAUAAAAAUAGAUCGACCUCUUUAUGAACAAAAACAACUACGAGACGAUCUCAGCUAUGAGAAGAAUAAAAGUAGACUUUUAGCAUCAUGUUGUCCAGAAAACUUAACUUUAAAAAAAUUUAUAAAACAUACAGUGCCGGCCAUUGGAUGGUUACCAAAAUACUCAUUAAAACAUGACUUCCUCGCUGACGUAGCUGCAGGUUUUACUAUAGCCAUUAUGAAUAUUCCCCAAGGUAUGGCUUAUGGUCUCCUUGGCAACUUACCUCCUGUAACGGGAAUUUAUAUGGCGGUAUUUCCUGCAUUAGUAUAUGUUAUUUUUGGAACUUCACGACAUAAUUCAAUGGGAACAUUUUCCAUUGGAUGUUUAAUGACGGGUAAAGCUGUAUUGGAAUAUGCUGAUCCACUUUAUUUUAAAGCCGCAAAAGAUGUAGUAAAUGGUACCAUGGCCAGUGACGUUACUGUAACUCCUACGGGAUAUACUCCCAUACAAGUAGCCUGUGCUGUAACUCUUGUAUCAGCAAUUGUUCAGCUUAUAAUGUGUUUUCUACGACUAGGAGCUGUUACGGCUCUUCUUUCCGAUAUGUUGGUAAAUGCCUUUACAUGCGGAGCAGCAUUUCAGAUAGUAGUUACGCAGUUAAAAGAUUUAUUUGGCAUUAAUAUACCAAAAGUAAAAGGAAAUUUUUUAACUACUAAGACUCUGCAAUUAUUGUUUGCAAGGAUAGGAGAAGCUAGUGUCCCAGAAAUGAUUAUUUCUGCCGUGUCUAUCGCAGUAUUAGUACUUAAUAAUAUAUUCUUAAAGCCAAUUGUAGCAAAAAGAUCAAAAAUCCCGAUACCUAUCGAGUUGAUAGUGGUUGUGAUAGGAGCCUUGGUUUCAAGUUUACUUAAUCUUCAACAAAAAUACGAUAUUGCUGUUGUAGGAACAAUACCUAGCGGCUUGCCAGAACCAGAAAUUCCUCCAAUAUCCUUAUUGCCAUCAGUUGCUAUUGACGGAUUUAUUAUUGCUAUAGUAAAUUAUGUGACUUCGAUGUCAUUGGCAUUAAUGAUAGCUCAAAAAGGAAAUUAUGAAGUUAACGCAAACCAAGAAUUAUUCGCACAGGGUCUAAGUAAUGGUGUUGGCUCCCUUUUUGCGUGCAUGCCAGUUUGUGCUUCCUUAUCCAGAUCACUGAUUCAACAACUAGUGGGUGGAAAGACUCAAAUAGUGACAGUAGUAUCAUCUUUGUUGCUAAUUAUUACCCUAUUGUGGAUUGGACCAUUUUUUGAACCAUUACCUAGGAGUGUUUUAGGUAGCGUGAUUGUAAUUUCUUUAAGAGGAAUGAUGAUGCAAUGCGUUGAAUUAAUAAAGUUUUGGAAAUUAAGUAAACUAGACGCCGUCGUAUGGGUAGUGACGUUCGUGACAGUAGUAUUUGUCAGUAUGGAAAUUGGUCUAGUAGUUGGCGUCUGCAUGUCUUUGUUUUCUAUUUUUAUUUUUAGUUUUAAGCCAUACACAUGCCUUUUGGGUAGUGUACCAAACACUGACUUGUAUUUGGAUAUGAACAGAUACAAAGGAACGAAGGAACUGGAAGGUAUCAAAAUCUUCCAUUACUCAGGAGGAAUUAACUUCGCCACGAAAAGCAUGUUUAAGGAAGAUUUAUAUAAAUUAAUUAAUCUUAAUGUUCAAAAAGAAUUAAUUCAUCGAGAAAAGUUGAAAAAGGUUCAAGAAAAGAUGGAAUCUUCAGAUAGCCUGGAAUACAAGCAGAAAUUAUUAAAACUUCAGAGCAAAAUUAAUACAGACCUAAAGUGCGUAAUCGUAGAUUUCUCAUCUGUCAGUUACAUCGAUCCUUGUGGUGCAGCAAUGUUGGGAAGUGAAAUUAAUGACUUCAAAAGGCUUGAGAUUUCUUUUUACAUUGCGGCGUGUUCAGAUCGUACUUACAACACUUUGGAGAAAUGUGAUCUUCUGGCGAAGGAAAAAGAUUUCUUAAGAAUAUUCCCCAGUGUUCACGAUGCUGUACAGUGUGCAUCAUACAAUCUGAAGAUUCCAAUAGAGAACAGUAUUGCUAGAAUAUCGUAAUUUAUUGUUAAUUAUUGUUAGGGCUAUUUUUUACCAGUGUAGAAAACUACACGGAAAUUUUAAUUUUCACGCUUAUUUUUUCGAAUAUAACAAGUGUAAAUAUUUAAAAUAAUUUUAGAGUUUAAGUAGACGAUGUAUAUACUGUUGAAUUCAGUUUCAAAGGAAGAAGAGACGUGAUACUCGAUAACUAUAAGUAUUAAAAUAUGUGUAAUUGACAAAUAACCUGCAAAGGAUGAGGAUUAUUUAUAAAAAAAUAAUUUUUUAAAAUCAAAAAAAAUAUUUUCUUUUUUUAAUUUAAAGUAUGUACUAACGACAAACAUAUUGAAACUUUAAGACUGACCCCCUUAUUUUUGUUUUUUCUUAGAGAUGUUCUUUAUAUUCCCCCAAUAAUAUUCUGAAUCUAUUUCCUUAAACGAUCUUAACUCUUAUCAAAUAUCGCGUUUAAAAUAAACCAAAUAUGAGUAGACCACAAAUUAAACAAUAUAUAUUUUAUUUUUAAACAUGUGCUAUCCAAUAUUCAUCCAAAUCUUUCAUUCUAAAGUAAAAAUAAUAUAUUUAGUUUAUAAUUAUUGUUUAUUUUUAUGUAACACGUAUAGUUUUACAUUUUCAGAGAUAAUUAUUAUUCAAAAUCUUGAGUCAUAUCCAUUUAAAUUUCGCCUAACUUUCUAGCUAUCUAUAUAAGGAGUGUUACAGCUGUCGUCUCCUUCCUUCUUUAAGCCAACGUCUCCAGUCCUAUUUGAUCUGCCAUUCCCCAUCUCUAAAGUCUCGUUUAUCCAUGGCCUCGUCCACUUCAUCCCUCCAUGAUCUUUGGGGUCUACCUCUUUUCCUUCUUCCUAUUGGGCUCCAAUCCGAAAUCUCUGCUAUCCACCUUAUAUGAUCUGUUCUUGACAUGUAUGGACAUGUGAGAAGAACAAAUUUUUCUCACAUACCAAAUUAAACGUUUUUCUUCGAUAUAGCUGAGUAUGUCUUGUUCUACUGCCAUUCUUCAUUUCUGAUGCGAUCAAUUUUUGUCACUCUGCAGCUUCUUCUCAUGAACUCCAUUUCAGUUGCUGUGAUUUUGGACCUGAUUUGUUUAUUUAUUACCCAAUUCUCUGCUCCAUAGGUCAUUAUACUGCGUAUUAAGGUGUUAUAAAUUCUCUUCUUUGUAUUUCUGAUAAUCUGUCUAUCUCACAGUACCCCGUUCAUUUGUUUAAUACAUGUUCUUGUCUGUGCUAAUCUGCUGGUUAUCUCUUGCUCGGUGGUUCUAUUUUUUGAGAGUAUGAAUCUUAAAUAUUUGGAUUUUUUAGUGCCGUUAAUUUCUCUAUUAUUGUCCAUUUCCUAGUAUCUCACUGGUUCUUGCUCUGUUAUUAAAUAUUCGGUAUUUUUUAGGUUUAUUUCCAGUCCAUUUUUUGUGUAUCCUUUUUCUAAAUUUUGGAGCAUAUAGCACAGAUCUUCUUCAUCUUUAGCCGUUACCACUUGGUCAUCUGCAAAGCUUAUUGUGUACAAGAAGUUGUCCCGGAUUGGUAAUCCUAUCUCUUCACAUUUCUUUUUCGAUGGUUUUAAUAUUUUUUUGAGGAAUAUCUUGAACAGUGUCGGAGAUGUAGAGCAUCUUUGCAAAAAGCCUUUUGUGGUCUUAAAUUGGUUGGAGUAUUUAUUGCCGGUUUUUUUACUUAAUUAGAUGGCUUUGGUAAAGACCAAUUAGCCAGUUAUUGCCGGUUUUAACUCUUACCUUGUUGUUGUUGUAAAGGUUUUUUACGACUUCUAUUAACCUCUGAGUUAUUUCGAUUUCCUUCAUCGUGUUGUUUCCGUCAAGUGCCACUUUCAAUUGAUUAAUUUAAAACACCUGUCAACCAUAUUUUCGAUUUUUUUAACCCUUGACUAUCAUCUUCAUUUAUGCCCCAAAGCCUUCGAAUAUUGCCGCAUUCAGUGUCUAUAUCUCAAACCUUUACUGUUCUUACGAUAAUUGCUUUUCUUUUAGCAUUAAUGAAUGCUUAACUUAAUUGUUAGUAUAAGCAUUGUCAAUAAAUAUGUUUUUAACUCGAGAGUUCUCGUUAUUUAAAUAUUUAUAAUCUUAAUCAUAGGUUUCAUCGUGUUAGAUUUAUUGUUAUUAAAUUUCCCAAAACAAGUAAACAUUUGGUCUGCAUAAAAAUUUAUCCAUUCCAAUGUUUCCAAAUGUUUUAUUAUUUUCUGGUUGUAAAUGUCGUAUUUACGAUCCUCAUAGUAAAACAAUAUUUAGUAUUAUCUGUAUUUUAUCACCUGUAUUGCUGUAACAAUGCAUUACCACAUUGAUCUUCAAAUAUAAUAUAUAUAAAGUACAGUGCGAACAAAUAAAAUAAAUGCAUUAUGUGGUAUUUUCUUAAGCUUAGAAACAAAUUCUGAAACUCAUUGAUUUUAUUUUCAAAUGCACGUUUUUCAGAUUAAUUUAUUUUGAUUCGUUAUGUCAUAUAUCAUAAUCGCAAGGACGUUAUCAAUGUUUUUUAGUUGGAAUAUACGGUUAUGCGAUAGAUAAUGUGCGAUGUUAAACAGUUUUUAUGAUUUUACUGUAAAAAAUUUAUUAUUGAAAUUAAUAAUCUGGUUUUUUAAAUACAAUUUAAUUCCAUGUACAACCCCAGCUAAAAUACAAUGAAAUACACGAAGUCUUUUUGUGAACUUUAUCAAAAACUUUUGGAAACUUUUCUAAUCUCCAUCCCAUUAUGUUUAUUAAUCUAUUAUAAAAAAUAGAUUAAACAAUAUCUUCGAUAUUGUUUAAUCUAUUUUUUAUACUUAGAUAUAUUUUUUUUUUAUUUUAAACUCCAGACAUUAGGAAAGAAGCCUGGUGCCCUGCUAUCAAUCGAUUCCCAUUCUUUCUCCGACACAUUCAUAGGGAAAACCACACCCACACAAACCACCAAAAACUUUAAACUCCCCAAUGAGAAACAAUAUACAUCGUACUCACAAUCUUGCUCUGAUUUACUGUCACAAUUUCGAUUUUUCAAUACAUCUUCAUCAAAGUCUAGUUCAUCUUCUUUGUCGUCAGGCUCUUUCUCCGAUAGAAUUGUUACCAAAGUUUGCGAAUUCCUUCUUGUUCAGCUUCGUAACUCAUUAUUGCCUAAAAAAUUUAUAAUCUCUGGGUUUUUGGUAUUUUUUUUUCUUUUACUUUACGGAAGAAUUUUUUUAUGAACCGUCUCGCUUUAUUUCUUCUUGAAUAAACUUCUUUUUAGCGUUUAAUUUUAAGCUUCAUUUUAACACUUUAAAGCCACGUAAAAUUUCUGUACGCCAUCAGGUACAGAGUCUGGAGCCGAAGUAAAAAAUGUGAAAUUGUUGUACGCUAUCAGGUUAUUCGACUCUGGAGCCAAAGUUAAAAAUAUUUUUUGUUUAUGGUCAACAACAUACAAAGAUAAUCGGAAAUCAUGUUUUGAACAAUUUAUCUAAGAUAUUAAGAUAAUGUAAAGUAAGGUGUUCUUGGUGAACGUAAUUAUUAUUAGUCAUCAACUUUAUCUCAUCUAUUGUCUUUGUAGAAUUUAAUGUAACAAAAGGUGUUCAGAAAAAGGCUUCCGAAAAUUUAUUUAUAACAAAGAUUUUAAAAUAUUUUUAAUCUCAUAGGGGUCACCUGAGCAAUUAAGGGUUUAAAAAAUAAUUUAUUGAAUAUAAUUCGAUUAUUAUUACAAUUUACUUUUGGAAUUUAAUUUCGUUAUAAUAAUUUUGAUAAGAACAAUUUUUUUAAUAAAAUAAUUAAAGAAGGACGUAAAAUGUUUUUCCAAUGACGUUGUUAAUCAAAUUUACUUUUUGUAUAAAUAAAAAAUUGUAAAUUACUACUUACGAUGUUAUGUAAUUUUACAAAUAAGCUUGUAAUAGCGGAAAACCCGAAAUUACUUAAAAUUUAUUGGUACGUUUAGAUCGGGAUAGAUAUUUAAAGGAAUCAUUUAAAAGGUAUAAGUUUCGCAUUGGUUGUAUUAUUAUUAACAAAAAAAAAACAUUAUACUCAUGCAAUUGAGUCAAAAUUUGCUUCUAAACUCUAUGAAAUAUGACAUAAGCAAGUUAUUCAUUUCAUUUGCACUAUACUGGAUGUAUUGGUAUGUCGAAAAUAAUUUCUGUUAUAGUUUUAACGAAAAAUAUAAAAUGAAGGAUUCUAUACUACUUAGUCAUACUAAUACUUGGGAAUCUUCAUUAGAAGCUUGAACAGUUAUAUAUAGAAUCUAUAUACCGUAUACAAUUUUAUAAAAUAUUCCAGAAAUUCCUCAAGUCUUUUAUUUCAAAUAAAUUUUACUUGUAUCUUUAUAAUAUCAAAUAUAGACCAGAAUUUCUCAGAAUAGUUUAAUGUUGUUCUUUUUCAUAUCAUUCCAUCUUGUGUAUUGGUCAUUAAUAUCAUUUUUGGCCAUUAUUGGCUAUAUUGUCGGUUUCUUUAUUUCUCAUUAAGUGUUUGUUCUUUGUAAUAGAUUAUUUUAUUAGUUAUAGUAUCUCUUUUUUUCAGGUUUGUCUCUGUUUACUAAUGUUUUACUGUUUAUUAAUUAUUAUCAUUAUAAAGUGAACAAGAUGUUUGGCAGAUGAUUUACGGAUCUUCUGCUUUUACGUCGAUAUUUUAAUUUAGAUAAUUUCGUAACUAUAAUUUUAAUUAUAUUCAUUAUUUUUUCUGUCUUAUCUUAAAUGGGAAAAAAACUUUUUAAUAUUUUUGUCGUUAUACUACAACUAUAUUUAAUAAUAUUUUGAUUCAAGCAAAUGAAUUGUGCAUUAUAUUUUAAAUUACAUGCGUCAAAAUAAAAUACACAUAACAUAAUAUAUUGUUUCUUAUAUGUAAUAUAUGUACCACAGCAAACGAUACCUUAGGAAGUAAUAAUUCCAGACCUUAACCUUAACAUAGGAAACAACAUACCAUGACAUUUAUUUGAAAAAAAAACCUUAAUAUUUGUAUCCAAUAAUUAUCAUGCAGUUGGUAUAUGUCUUUUGUAGAAGAUCUUCAUUAUCAUUAUCAUCAAUAUUUUAUUUGCCUUUGUACCGGUGACAGAUUUCCACAAUUCUUUUACCAUCUAAUGCGAUCAUCUCAUUUAUAGCAGUAAAUUUAUCAUUAAAUGAACGUUCCAAAUAUUUACUUAGUAUUCUAAUAAGUUUCAAAUCCUUUUUUUCAGAUUUCCAGUUUUUAUUUUAAAUAAAAAAAAAAUUUAUUUAAAUCAUCAGCAGAUAUUCAGCAUAAAAUCCUUAAGCAUGAAAUUUUGUAACAAUGCUAUAUACUAUAAAUAUACAAUAAUAAGCAAAAUAAAAACGAACUAAGAACUGAGCCCUGAUGAAAUUCUACUUAUACAUGAAAUUUAUUAUUCUCUGGUACACGUAACAUUAGCUGUUACUCCCUCCUACUGUAUUGUAUACCCUCAUGUAUAUCUCCCAUUUAUCAAAUACUCACCGGAGAGUAGUUAUUUCUAGGAUGCCUAUUACAAAAUAUUUGGAGAAACUCUAUCAAAUGCUUUCUCAAGAUCAAUGAAUACCCUAUACAUCAACACCCUAUGUGCAUGAAUCAAAACUCGUCCUUUUCGAAUAUUUCAGUUUUCUCACAUAUUUGUCUGUCAAUUAACCUACCCUAUUUCAUGGUGAAACCAAGUAAUUUUAUGAUCUUGUAGUUUGUGCAUUGUGGAAUAUCUCCUUUGAUUUCGUAAAUGGGUACUACUAUACCAUUUCUUCAUUAGAUUGAAAUUGAUUCGACGUCCAUAAUUCUAUUAAAGAAACGUAUUAGCCUACUUCUUUUUAUUUCCUACACUACUCUCUAGACUUUCAAAAAGAUAUUAUAUGGUCCAAUUGCUGUAUCUUUUUUUUUUAUUUUUAAAGUGCUAUUUAUUUAAAGCCAUUUUCUAAUUCGUUAUUUUGAUGACCAUUUUCUUAAAAACUUCGUUUAGUAAAUAGUCAAAGUAUUUUUCCAUAGAUUUUCUGCAUUUAUUGUUCUAAUUUUGGCCAUUGUAUACAUUUUCGUUGUAUCCUUCUUUGUAGUAACUUAUUCGUAUAGAAUAACAACACAAUACAUAACAAUAAGUUAUUUUAUAUAUCGGUGAUAUUUCUCGAGGUACUUUAAAAUGCCCUCUCGUCGCCGAGUCGGCGCCGAACGUUGUUAAACAAGACCCUCCUCUGUCAUCCAGUGUUUUGAAAGCGGAAUCACUAUUGUAAUACUGAGCAUCCACUUCUGAAGCCCUACCUUCAUUAUCCUGCGACUGGUAGCAAGGAUGCUCCGUAUAUCUUUUACGUUUCCUUUUUUGUUGGUCGUAAAAACUUUUUUGUGAGGAACCCCAUUCCAGGUAGCGCGUGGAAGACCCUCAUCGCUCCUAGUGCGGCGUCAUUCCCAGCCACGAAUUUCCUUCUUCCCUACAGACUGACUUACACAGUCUAACUCACUUUACGUCCCCCAUGACGUAUUCCCUUAACUUACAAAAUCUUUGCCUCUUAUCUAUGCUAUUGGUCCAGCUGUCUUUCUUCCUCUUCUAUCUUCUUGAUCACUGCAUGGAUAUAGAUCCAACUUACUUUAUUUUCAAUCAUUUUCUUAGUCAUUUCUCUCCCUGUAACAAAAUUCACGUCUCAUUUUCCAUUCUGUUCCUUUCUACUAUCCAUCUGUUCCAUUCAACUCAUAAUAUCGAGUGUGUGUCACAGUGUGCGCGUUUUCAUCCCACACGGCUGCAGCAGACACCGUCCUGUAGCUGCAUGUCACUCGCAACAGUCCUUUAUCCACUAUUGUCAUGAGUUUUCUGUAAGCCGUUAUUUCUACCGUUCCACUCCAGACUGGUGCUGCGUAGAGGACAAUUGACUUCACAAAACCGUGUAAGGGCCUCCUUCUUUCCAAUUUGGGUCCCCCAAUGUUGGACAUCACCCUCCUUAACAGCCGCAGCCUUUUGUGUCACCUCCUCCACGUGCUCCCCACACAGCACACAGGUGCUGUACGUGUUUAUUGAGUGUUAGACACACCCCUGUAUAGUGAGUGUACUUCCACACUUUGCCUGUUCCUUUUCCCCUUUAAAAUAAUCGCUUCGGUUUUCUCUAUAGAGUUUGUCUGGAUUCAUUUCUUCAGGACGCCUGCGUUCCGAACCCAGUAUUUGAUAUCUGGUUCAUCCCGCAUCACUACCAGCACAGCAAGGUUAUCGGCAUAUAUCCAUACAAAUCCAACAGAAGUGAAAAAGAGUCUGAAUUGUAGGUGAUAGCAUAGUCAUUAUAUAAUAUAGAACUUGUGCCUUAUACUCUGAUUUUUCCUGAAUCAUUUUAUUUUUAAUAUAUUCCAUUAGAUUCCUGUAUUUUAUUUUGGCGCCAGCGGAUUAAAUAAAUAAAAUGUGUUUUAAAUAUUAUUGUAAUGAAUAUGUUUACGUGACAUUGUUUUUAUAACUACUUAAUAGAUAACUUAAUACGAUAAAGAAAACAAUUGAGAAGUGUAGCCAAUUGUGUAAAUAAACAUGUAAACAAAUUCUGUCAAUUAAUUGUCCUUUAAUGUUGUAAUGUUCGUUGAUGACUACUUUGUUCAGAAAUUGCACUACAAUUAGAAAUUUUUUCUUAAAUUAUAGUAGACAUAUACUAAGAAGUGUUCAGUCUUAAUCGAAUGUUAUCAAUUUUUAAGUAAAUGUUACUUUUUACUUGUG